UCUCUCUCUCCCCCCUAAAUCGAGAAAAUGGCAUUUCUGCUGCGAACUGUCCUUCAAAGUCAGAGGUUGAAAGUUGGUGGUGUUGGGCUGAGACUUUACAGUAGUUCUGCGCCGACAACUAAACUCUUCAUUGAUGGGAAGUUUGUAGAAUCUCAGACAACAGAAUGGAUCGACAUACACAAUCCAGCAACGAAUGAGGUGGUGUCGAGAUGUCCAAAGACAACUCCCUCCGAGAUGCAGGCUGCCAUCGAGUCGUGUAAUUCGGCUUUUAAAACAUGGAAAGACACCACGAUCCUCACCAGACAACAAAUGAUGUUCAACCUACAGUCUCUCGUCAAGAAUAACAUGCGCAAAAUUGCAGAAAGUAUCACACUCGAGCAAGGCAAGACACUUGUUGAUGCUGAUGGUGAUGUUUUGAGGGGUUUACAGGUGAUUGAGCACUGUUGCAGUAUCACGUCACUGCAGCUUGGUGAGAGUUUGAGUGGCAUCGCUAAAGACAUGGAGACCAUUUCAUACAGGGCCCCCCUUGGAGUGACUGCUGGCAUUUGCCCAUUUAAUUUCCCUGCUAUGAUCCCAAUGUGGAUGUUCCCCAUGGCACUGAUUACGGGUAAUACGAUGCUGUUGAAGCCUUCUGAGCGUGACCCUGGUGCAGCCAUGAUCCUUAUGGAGCUGAUGAAGGAGGCUGGCUUCCCGGAUGGUGUCGUCAAUGUGAUUCAUGGACAGCAUGAUGCUGUCAACUUCAUCUGUGAUCACCCUGACAUCAAGGCCAUUUCAUUUGUUGGUUCUGAUCAAGCAGGUCAAUACAUUUAUGAACGAGGCUCAAAACAUGGGAAGAGAGUCCAGUCUAAUAUGGGCGCCAAAAAUCAUGGUGUCAUUAUGCCCGAUGCAAACAAAGAGGCAACUCUGAACCAACUUGUUGGCGCUGCUUUUGGUGCGGCUGGGCAGCGGUGUAUGGCAUUGACCACGGCCGUGUGGGUGGGUGAGUCCAAGGAAUGGAUCCCGGAGCUCAUUGAGCGGACCAAGAAACUCAAAAUUAAUGCUGGCCACGUGCCUGAAACUGACCUUGGUCCAGUGAUCAGCCCCCAGGCUAAGGAACGUAUCUGUCAUCUGGUGCAAUCCGGGAAGGAUGAUGGUUGCCAGGUGCUUCUUGAUGGACGAGAUGUUGUUGUACCCGGUUAUGAAAAGGGAAACUUUGUUGGACCAACCAUUCUCCAUGGAGUGAAGCCUGAGAUGGAGUGCUACAAAGAGGAGAUCUUUGGCCCCGUGUUGUGCAGCAUGGAAGCAGAGACAUUGGAUGAUGCGAUUGAGUUGAUCAACAACAACCCCUAUGGUAACGGCACGGCUAUCUUUACAACGAAUGGAGCCACAGCAAGGAAGUACACGCAACAGAUUGAUGUUGGACAGGUUGGAGUAAAUGUACCUAUCCCAGUUCCCCUGCCCAUGUUCUCCUUCACCGGAUCACGAGGCUCGUUUAGAGGCGACACAAAUUUCUAUGGAAAGCAGGGGAUUAACUUCUACACUCAGGUCAAGACUGUAACCCAAAUGUGGCGUGAGGAUGAUGCUACUGACAGCAAAGCUCAUGUCGCCAUGCCUGUCAUGAAGUAAGGAGGACACAAACUGGAGGGACUUGUGUGUUACUUGGCUGGUCACAUACCCAGCAGAAGUUCAUUAGUUGAUCACCAAGAUGAGAACUUUGUAUUGCGUUCAAGAUCACAAGUUGUGUGGGCAAAAUUAAAAUGAGCAUCGCCAGUCAUUGACAUUGUGUGUAACUGGCUGAGUAAAUUUUGUUUACAUGUUUGUUUAAAUUGUGUACAUAUUGUGUAUUCCUGCUAAAACAUUCUUGUGUGUCAGAAGUUGAACCUGUGGCCAAACCAAGUCAAGGUUACUCCCAUUACCUGAUUCCGGAUGAGCAUGGCAGCUACAAUGUAAUAACUGAUCAUGUGAACUAUGUACCAGGGCUUAGUUAUUCAAAACUGGCAUGAACUUCACGUUGUUGACUUCAUUUAUUUGGUGCCAAGUUCUAGAUAUUUGACACCAAGUUAGUAACUUAUUUGUUCUGAUGAACUGGGCCCCUGACUAUUAUGAUUAUGUGCCUACUGGAAGCAGGGUAUCCUUUGGCGAUGUGCAGUGUAUCUAUUUUGAAAAUCGGCUUUUAAAUGGAUUCACUGUGUGAUGCAACAUGUAUCAACCAGAGGAAGUCCUGCUUGGGGAAAAAAAUCUGCAUGUGUGAAAAUGCAUUGUGUAAUAAACGAUUGGAAGUUACUA